AUGUCCGGAAAGCUUCCAAGUGCGAGGUUCAAGGCGGUGUACGACAGCUUACCUUCAGACGCACAACAAAGCCUAAUCGAGAAACAACUAAUACCUCUGCUCAAUCAUGUCGACCGGACGCACUGGAAGAAAGUACUAGCCCAGGCGACAGAGCUCCAGGCCAUGCAUGCGGAUCUCCCGGUGCUCGAUCUUAGGGCGAAGCGGCUGGAAGUCAACGCCUUGUUGGACGAGCUACAUCGAGAUUCCAAGCGAUCCUUCGUGAAGGAGCGAUCUAUGAAGAAGGAGCUCAUCAGCGAGGCGGUGGAUAGCUUGACAAAUUGGCUGAGUGAUAUUUGGAGAGUGGUCUAUGAGCAUAACGUGGACUUCAUGCACGCGCAUAAGUGCCUCUUGUUCAUCGCGGGGACAAUAGACCAUAUGCUCAGUGGGCGUAGUAGCUGCAAGUGUGCAUUCACCAACCUGUUUGUGAACGUCGCGCUCAAAGAUAGGGACGGAAAAUGCAUCAAGUCCUGGGACAUCUGCGGUGUUCAGAACAUCGAAGAGGUUCUCUACUUCAUAUGGCGAGAGCUCCUCUUGAGCAUGUUGGCUACAGGCACGAAGAGGGACAUACGAGAUAUCCCCGACAUACUUGAGGAGAUCGACGAUGUCUCCGGCUGGACAGCAGUGGAGCGUAUCAUUUAUGGUGGGAAGAAAUGUCCACAUGACGUCGAUGAAGAAGACGAGGAGGAGGAAGACUUCUUCGAUGAUGAGAUCGACGAAGAGGAGGAGGACUACGCAGAGUCGGAUUUCAUCGACGAUGUGCCAAGUGGACCUCACCCUGCGCGACACUGGUCAUACCGGAUAAGCAGUGUCGUGCCAGCGCUCCGCGACCACAUACAAGCAUAUCUGACAGAUGUGUUCAAACGAAGACCAUCACUCCAGCUCUACCGCACGCUCCUCGCGAUAUCUGGCGACCAAGAAGUAGCCCAUAAAGAACUCUGCGGCUACCUGUCAAGCGUCGCCACAAGCUCAUCCGACACCUUCGCUGCUGCACUCGACAUCUGGGCGUACGAAUGCUUCUCUGGCGAGAUCGCGACCUCACUGACGACUCACUCGCACCUGCUGCGCCCGCGCGACGCGGGUGCGCUUCAGCACGCGGUGACCAUCAUGGCGCAGAAGGCGGCGUAUAAGCACCGUGCGGUCCAGAUUAUGGAGAAGGAGAUGCUUGACACCACACGCGCACUGCGAAACACGCUCCUGAUCUCGUUCGCACACCUCGACGCGCCCGCGCAUCGUGCGGAGGUGCAGGCAAUCCUGAAGAUGCGCCCAGGCGCCGCGGGCAGGCAGGAUCGCAUUGAGGCGUGGGUCGACGCGAUCUCCACCCCUGGGACAAACGCGCCGAACCCGAUGGCGUUCGCAGCGAUGAUGAUGGGGCUACCGCUCGUACCUGGGAUGGACCCUUUAGAGGACGCGGAUCCGCUGGGGUACCUCGACUUGGACCCAAAUGAUCCGGAUUUGGAAGAUCUCAGGGAAGAGUUCAGACCGAGGCUGAGGCAGCGCUUCGAGGGUUGGGUGGAGACCGCGCCGCUGAUCUUAGGAGGGCCGGUGCAGCUGCUCAAGGUCUGCAAGGAUAUCAUGGAGAUGAUGCCGUUCAUCCGCGCGAACGACAUCGUGGAUGAGAUGGUAGGCCGAUUGGCGGACAAGCCUAGCAAGCACCAUGUCUGUGAUGCACUCGAUGGGCUUAUGCAGUUCGUCAAAGUGCAGCGGAAGAAGGCCCACGGCAUGCGGGCAGCAGCGAAGCACAAAGAACCCAGAACCGAGGCGAAUGCUGCACCCGUAGCGGGACCUUCAACCGCCGUGCCGCCCAUUCCUACGCCUGUAGCACCGUCGCUUCCUUCUCCCGGUUCGAUCGAUGUGGUGGCAAACGUGUUCUCAGGGCCGCGAUUCGGCGGCAUGGAGGACGUUGAUUGA